AUGUUGUCCCGUUUCUAUGGGCUUUCAGACGAGCGCCUCAGCAGCCAAUCAGAGUGGAGGCUGGGUGAGCUGCAGCCAAUCACAGCGCGGAGUGGAGAAUGGCUGGCAGCGAUACAGGAAACAGUGAACACAGCUGCGGUUGUUUGGUUUAUUGACUACGCUGUGGAAGGACUGAGUCUGCAGACGCACAAACUACACCCAGUCUUUGAGAUCACUGGCUCCAGUCCUCGCCUCAGUCCACGCCUUGGACUGGAUGAGCCCAGGCCACAGCCCAGUGACGGUACUCAGUCUACACUUGGACCAGCGUCUGGAGUCUGA